UAUAUAUCGCCCUGUAAAUGCCAGGUCGUCUAUUCUUGACACUGUCAGGUACAUCUUUUACUUCUGAUUCGCCAUCACAAGCUACUCAAUCAAACGACUCCAAUGUAAAGACCCCAGUCGCAGUCAUCCUAGGAAGUCUCUUUGGAGCAGCAUUACUCGUCUUGUUGAUACUCGGGUCCGUCUUCAUAGUAUGCAAGAGACGAAAAAGGUAUACUGACCAUAUAACAUAUAACCAUGGAAACUCUUCGUUACCAUCAAUGACAAUGUCAUCAAGAGCUCCACAUCCUCUGCCACUUAGUGAUAUCACAAGCAGCUUUCAAGUAACUGAAGAUGGUAUGGCAGGUAAAAUAUUCUCUGUAGAGGCAGAUACUGCAACUACUUUCCCCUCAGCUUACAGGGCCCUCACCACCCAAGUGAAAUCAUCUAAAAUAAUGCCUUCUCGAAGUACUUACAGAGAUGUGGAUGUCGACAAUAGGUUUGCACCCCAAAUGCGCACUAUUGCAGACACAACUCGAAGAAUUCCAGCCUCCAAGGCUUGUGUUGAAUCCUCCGCUAGUGAUGUCUACUCUCAAGUCAACAGCUCGGCAAGACAGUUCAGCAUUCUUGCAUCGGAUAGUGUUCACAAAGAUUCAAAUGAAAGAGGCACCAGGUCUCUUGGCGGUCUGAAGAGCAAUUCUGAUUUUUUCGAUCCCUUGUAUUCUCGAGUAGUCAAAGUAAGUUCCUGCCAUAACAAUCCCACAUCAACCAAUAUGCCGGAUUAUGUAAACGUACCAGCCCGCUCGUCUUUUGAAAGUCUUUGCCGCAUGUCUUCUAAGGAUUUGUAUUCAAAAGUCAACAAAUUACCUGCCAAAUUGAGCUCUUCUACGAUGACCGAUAGUCAGAGCACUGCAAGCCAGCAUGUUCCCCCGUUCUCUUCAAAUCGUGGGCGAGGAGGUUUAUUCUCAAGUCCAUAAACGUAAGCAGCAACGAAAGGAAGACAAGGCUACA